AUGUUCCCUUCUUCAGUUGUUUUGUUCGGUUUAAUUUUGUCUUCAUUUCAUUGUGUAAACAGUACACCGUUAUUUAAAAGAGUGCUGGACAUAUUUCACGGAGGCGCCGAAGGAAAAAACACAACGCACGAGCGAAGCAAGAAUAAUAUCGAUAUCGCAAAUGUGGAAGAGUUUAAACAUCAUGAUUACGAGGAGAUGACCUGGUUUUUGAAGUACUUUGCUACAAAGUACUCGGACAUAACAAGACUCUACAAUAUUGGAUACAGUGUUCAGAAUCGCAAGUUAUGGGUUAUGGAGAUUUCAGAUAAUCCUGGAACACACGAGCCGGGCGAACCUGAAGUCAAGUAUGUAGGUAAUAUUCAUGGUAACGAGGCAUUAGGCAGGGAAUUGUUACUACAGCUGAUCAAAUAUCUUUGUGAAAACUAUGUGGAUAAUACCGAGACUAAGGGAUUAGUUGACGCAACUAGGAUCCAUAUUCUACCUAGUAUGAACCCAGAUGGGUACGAGAUGGCGGCCGUGCGUGGAAAAGGAAACAAACUGACUGGAAAGAGGAAUGCGUAUGGAAUCGAUUUGAAUCGAAAUUUCCCGGAUCAAUUCUUUCCCAGUACCACUGGUCCGCCACAGGUGGAGGUGAAGGCAGUAAUGGACUGGAUCAAACAGUAUCCCUUUGUUCUUUCUGCUAGUCUACACAGUGGUGCGUUGGUGGCUCUGUAUCCAUAUGACGAUUCACCGUCAGGUCAAAGCCUUUACAGCGCCACACCUGAUGACGAUGUAUUCAGGCGAUUGGCAAAGUCUUACUCACAGGUAUAAUCUGUUGUUAGUUUGCAGACAAAUCCCCCUGCCAAUUUUUAAGAUUGGGUCAGGUGGAUGAACGGAAACAAGAGAAGGGCGGGAGCGAAAUACAUUAUUUCCACCUCAACUUCGACUUCAUACUUAGCUUAAGCAUCCUUUAUGCCAGAACUCCUUGUGUAUAAUGUAAACUUGGGGCUUGUCAUCCACCAGUAAAGAUGUGAAUGAAUCAGCCUCAAAUCCUUGGCCCUUUAAGAUUGCAUUUUUAAUCAAUAAGGCCCACUCCUAUUAUUUUCACAUUAGUAACUCUUUCCGUCAAGAAACUUAUAUUAAUUUACGCUCGUAUGGGAAAUAAAAUAAAUGAAACAAAAUGAAUGAUCUGUGGAGGGGUCAUAAAUCCUUUAUAAAACCAGAUCACCGCUAAAUAUGCUAAUUAGAUAUGAAAAUCAACAAAAAAAAUUACUAUAUCAAUUAAAGCAAAAUUCUAUGCUAAUAAAUAAUUAGCAAAAUACAGUGUCUAACAAAAUUCAAACACCUAAAAAAGAACUAUUGAACACUUUGCCUUCGUUUAUGAAUAACUAAAUGAAAAUGUGAUUUGCUUCGAACGUUUUUACAUUAGUGAAAGAGCAAAUUUUCGGUGGUAUAUUGGUACAGAUGUGAAGAUCCUGAGAAAAUUGCUUUAAUUAUGUUCACUUUUAUUUAUUACUUUAAUUACGUACAUUUCUUCUUUAAUGAGUUAUUUGUCAAAAUAACUAAAAUUCAGUAGCUAUAAAAAGGCUCUUAAUAAGAGUUUAACAUCAGCUAACAACUGAAUCUCCUUUGUUCCGUUGUUGAUCGAUGCAGUGUCCUAGCAUAGGGUAGCUAUUCGCUGGGCCCCGCCGGCUUUUUUGUUAAGGGCCAAGGAAGAGAGGAACCAUAAAACUAAACAAUUUUAAAGAUUCGACCUAAUAGAGAACCUAGUUUUCAUUAUGAUCCAUUGAAUGCUGAUUAUAUUGUAAACAACGCUUCCUCUCAAAAAUGCUUUUAAUCAUUGCUUUCUCAGGAGCAUCCAGUGAUGCACUUGGCAAAUCCCAAAUGGAACUGUACAGAUCAAAAGGAAGAGCACUUCAUAGACGGCAUCACGAAUGGUGCCAGCUGGGCCAGCCUGUCUGGGGGUAUGCAAGACUAUAAUUACGUCAACUCAAACUGUUUUGAAAUAACGCUGGAACUCGGAUGCAAUCGGUUUCCAAAAAGCAGCGAACUACAGAAAUACUGGCUGGAUAAUCGAAAGCCUCUGAUCGAGCUCCUACGACAGGUGAGACAUUUCUUUCUACCUUACAUGUUCUAUGUUGAGGUUUCACGUGAAUAAUAGCGGCCAUGGUUAGGUGUUUUCUCGAAUAGCAUUAUCGCGCUGUUUUGGUGAUAUCACCCGUUACAUUUAAACAAAUGUUACGACAAAAUGGAGGUGCUUUAACUGUUGCAAUCGGAAAGGUAGAAAUUUUCGUGAUACAAGCUGUUUAACAGGGGAACAUAACUAUAUAAAAAUUUAAUUAGGACUUGUUAUGCCUAGACGUGUCAGGAUCUGUCAGGUUUUCUGUAGUCUAAAAGCGCAUGAAUUCGUAAGCACACCAAUUUAACCCUUUUAAUUUGUUUUGUUUCGAAGGUACAUUAUGGCGUGAGUGGAUUCGUCAAAAGCACUAAAGGCGAACCUCUCUCUGGUGCAACCAUCAGAGUGGCUGAUCGUCGACAUGACAUCACCUCUUCUAAGGAUGGAGACUACUGGCGCCUUCUCGUUCCAGGCUCCUACGAAAUUACAGUCUCAGCAGACGGGUACCAGCCUCAAACACGCCUGGUGGAACUACACGCGUUUGAAGGGCAUAAAGUUAACUUCAUUCUAAAGCCAAAUCAGGAGGAUACAACUCAAGCUUCGUACGGAACAAACGAAGAUGAGUUGUUGGAAAGAGUUAUGGCAAGUAUUACCCUAAUAUAAGUUGUAAUUAAUUAUUUGAACUUUCCCACGUAACGGAUUGGACAGUGUAGCGCAACGAUAAUGAGAAAGCUUUGUGCCACUAAUCUUUUGUCACCAAUCUUUUCCUAAAACCUUUAAAGCGUUGGCUAUUGGUUUUUUGCUAAUAUGAACACCCUUGUGACUAGUACAUCUUCAGAGGUUCGUGCUAUCAGUGAAGAAAGAAAUUAAAGGGAAUCGAGAUAUGUUCGUCAAGACUUCACAUCAUAUUUGGGUUAUUGGAAACUUUACCUUUCAUAGCCGCGCAAUAUAGCAGAGUGCUCCUCCCAGUGUAUUUUAGGAGUAUGAAAAGUUAUAGUUAUAACUGUAUCGUGCGGUUAUCAAAAAAGCACAUACCUAGGACUAAUCGAGAUUACUUGUAACUUGCAGAUCUAACACACUCUCCGGCUGACAAUAAAACUGUUCAUACCUUGACGAUGUCAAUUUUCCCUAAGCUACGGAACAGGCUCAGCCAGGAAUUUAAUACACUGCGCUUGUCUUGAUAAGGGGCUUUGUAGUCAAAGAUCAUGACAGAUGAUUGGACAAAUGUUUUUCUUUUGUGACAGGCUGGUGGCUAUAUGACAGAAGAGACUCAGGCUGACGAUCCAAGGGAACGCAUUGCAAGACCAAGUCUCAAUGACAGAGAAGAACAGUCCCCGCACAAAUUCGUUAUGCAUCCCGGGAUGAACGACAGGUGUGUGGAUUUUUGGAAAUAUUAUAAAAGUUAGAGUAUUUCUAAAGGCCUCAAUUCGAAGACCAUUCUAAAUUUACGCUUACUUCAGCUAAAGAAGACCUCAUCCGCUUGAGAGAGUCCUUUUUUAGAAACAUUGACGCAAACGUAAGACCUCCUCUAUACACCUUAUUCUAAGAUGGAGGCAACUUUUGUCUUUAUUAUAAUUAACCCUGGAUGCCUCCUUUCAAGAUGAGAUUUCUCUUGAAUUCUGCAGAAGAAAUCGAAGCAAAAAAUACCUUACUAACAUAACUAUAAAAUAUAAGUAGUAUUGCCGCCAUUUUGGAACAAGGUGUAUUUCUGAUUUCAACAACAUCCUUUCUAUCACGUAAGGAUUCUGUAACUAGUACCGAGAAAAGGCUGAAGACGCCCAACACAUUCCAGAACCAGACUGGGGGGGUGAACAAACUCUUCCCCAGGGUCCUCUGGAACGGGAGGGGAUGGAAAAAAGAGACCCUGGGAACGAGGCUUAAGAUAACGACUAACGAAUGCCAACGACCGACGGCAUGAUGGACGGACGGACGGACGGACGAACGGGGGCUGAGACGGUGGUAUAUCAAAAACUGUUACUUCAAGGCUACUAAUAGUUGUGAGGAAGACAGCUACGAGCAAAAAAGGGUUCGAUGUGGACAUUACGAAUGAAAUUGUGGAACACUGACCAUUGAUCCCACAGAGGAAACUUGUACUUAAGAAAGUUGUUCUAAAAGAACACUGCAUUUUCGAUUUAAAACUUUAAUUUUGUCAUUUAUAUUACUGUUAUAUUGUCUUUUAAUUUCGCUAAACUCAAAUCUAUUUACUAGGUGGCUUAAACGAAUUUUACCAUUUUCCUUUAUGUUUGGUAAUGGCCAGCAAUGUAGUUAAUUCUCAAACUUGCAGAAAGAAUAGGCCGAUUGCCCCUAAAAAGCACAGCCGAGCCACCUUGAGAAUCUUGAGAGCAACUGUCAUGAACUGUAAUUCAAGAAAGCUUAACAAUUAGUUUUGCUCUAUUUUUCACCUCUUAUUACCAAAGAGCUAGGCUGUCACUUGAGAAUGAACUACUUGACGAUGAAACCGACCGAGAUGGUGGAUCUACUGCUGUCAUUAAAACGAAAGAGUCUGUUGCUGAUGGUGAGGGGAGUGGUGACGAAAGCAAGACUAAUGUCAAACAGGAAAUGGUACCCAGGCCUCCUGACCUACAAACACCAGCCAAACCAAAACCAAAACAGUUGAUAAAUAACACCAAGCCUUCUUCUCUAGUAAAACCCAAGAAACGCACUGAAGUUCCUGCUCUGAAGAAACCACCUCAAGAAGUAAAGAAGAUCGUGGCACCUAAACUUCCUGAGACUGACAAGCGUUUCACAAAAAUGAUUGGCUCGAGUGUGGCUUGCCGUUUGGCUGGCAAUAAGGAUUUGGUAAAUGGGAAAUUGAGAUGGGUGGGCCACUUACCCAAAUUGCCACUUGACAAUGCACACCUCAUAGCCGGAGUCGAGCUGCUAACUGAUAAUAAACUUGGAACUGACGGUACGUAUAGGGGAGUACGCUACUUCAAAAGCUCUCCAAAACGAGGCUACUUCUUCAACCUGAAGGACUGCAAAGCUGUCAAACAUUAA